AUGUCCAUUAAUGAAACCUCUGCCCUCGUCCUAGGUGGCGAGUUUAGAGAGGAGGAAAUGGAGGAUAUUCCUCAAGACGCACAACAUCAUUUAAGAGAUUCCUCGGAUGAUGAAGCUAGUGAGAAGACAAGUGAGRAGUGGAGAGCAAUGCAUCAGGAAUCAGACUCCAAACCUGCUGUGACAAAGAAAAGAAAGAAGCCUACAGAGUGCUUUUUAACUCAGCCUGAAGAAAAACAGGAGAGCACUGCAAAAGCAAAGAAGAGAAAGAAGAAGAAGAUUUCUGAUAUUCUGGAAAAGUCUGCUCCAAAACCUGGUGUCCCUAAAGAUCUUCAGGAUUUGCUCAGUCAGCAUUUUGAUGCAAGACGUUCCGUGAUUGAAAUCGAGGAAUUAAAACUGCCAGAUUCCUGCUUUUUGCCAGCCAAUGAUCUCACCCACAGUUUUUCUUCAUACCUGAAGGAAAUUUGUCCUAAAUGGGCAAAACUUCGUAAAAACCACAAGGAGACAAAGUCAGUGGUGAUCCUGGUUAUCUGCAGUUCUGCCCUUCGAUCCUUGGAACUCAUCAAAUCAAUGACAGCAUUUAAAGGAGACUGCAGAGUCCUCAAAUUGUUUGCAAAGCACAUAAAGAUAAAAGAGCAGACGACUAUGUUGGAAAAAGGCAUCUUCCACAUUGGAGUGGGAACUCCUGGGAGAAUAAAAGCGCUAGUGGAGCAAGAUGGCCUGUGCCUGAACUCCACAAAGUAUAUGAUUCUGGAUUGGAAUUGGAGAGAUCAGAAGCUAAGGAGAAUGAUGGAUAUCCCUGAGAUAAAGAAAGAAACAAUUGACCUGCUGGAGAUGAGAAUUAUAAAGCUGUGCAGAGAGGGCUCAGUGAAGCUGGGACUCUUUUAAUGGUUUCACCAACAAGAGAGUAGUCUGCAGUUGUCAUCUACUAUUAUCUUGUCUGUAACUGACAAGUGAUCAAUGGUUGAUUGAAUUAAGAAUUUUGACUUUUGAGAACCCUGUGCACAUUGCAGCUUUUUAUGAGUUUCCUCUAAUAAUAAAGCAUAUUUUGUCUGCAGUUUUUGUAUGGAGGCCUUUUAUUGUGCAAGCAAUGUGAUAAUGCAAUUAGAUGUGCAUUGCAUUCACUUGUUAGAUUUGCUAUUUUAUGUCAUUUAGACAUUUAAGAUGAAUGAACAUGGGUUUGAAAGUCUCAGUUCUCUGAUAUCAGUUCUCUUAUAUCUCUGACACAGAUUCUCUGAUAUCUCCUUCUUCUGUCCCAAAGUUAACAUUUGCUUCUCUCAUGAGAGUAGUAAGCCAAGCCUUGCUAGCUCUUGCCCUAGAGUUUCUUUAACAACAGUGUGUGAAUUUCUGUCCUGCACUUAACAAGUGUUAUUUUCUGAUAUUAUGUAAUAAAUUUAAAUUAAAAUUUCUGUAUA